AAGAAAAUAAAAGCGCAAACUAUAAAGAAAAAUGAGUGAGAACAGCAACGAAGUGACAAUCGAAGAUAAUAAUUAAAAAAGAAAAUAACAAAGUUGUUUCGUCUGAAACGAAGCGAAAAAAAAAUAAUCGCAGUGCUAGCAAUUGAAGAAUAUUAAACUAUUUAACCAAAUAAUAACAUACUAUAAUAUCAACGACUAUAUAAACAACAACAAUUCACAGUUUGUUUACUCGAAAACGCCGUUAAUUAGCUGUACAAAAAGGCGCAAAGGCAACGCGUGCUUAGGUUGUGAAAGCUUGGAACAAAAAAGCUGAUUGUUUUACGGAAAAUGAUAAGGGAAUGUAUCAACGCUUUUGUAUAUAGUGCGGUGCCCUUAGAACGUCGAAAAACUUAGCGAAUAAAUAUAAGCUACGGAAAGUAAAUUUGGAUUGCUAAAAACUUUUGGAUGUUUUUAUAAAACACUGCGUAGAAAACAAAGUAAAAAAAACCAAUUUACGAAAAAAUUAUCAGCAAAAUCUGCUUCCGAAAUCGUUUAAACUUUAAACAACUAUAUUGUGCCUAAAACGUAUUUCUAUAACUGCAUAACUAUAGAGAGAUUUCUUCAACGUAGACUACAAAUUGAUUUUUGCCGCAACUUGAUACGCUUACAACGCAUUUAGAAGAAACAAUUUUCGAAGAAGUAAAUUUAACUUUGCCAGGCAACAACAACGCCUAUUACAUACUACAUACUCGUAAAUCAGCAGCGCUGCAAAGUUACACCUUUCUAAACUAAUCUCUACAGCCAACCCGAACGCAACGGAGUUAAAAGCAAAGGCGUCAAAAAGUGCAAGACGGCUAAAAGGAGUAAUUGUUUAGAGCAAAUAACAACAACUUCUGAAACAAAUUUUCUUCCAUAGCAACAAGCGAACGAUCAUACUGCUGACGAGCAGACACCAAAAGCUCCAUUAUACAUACAUACAAACAGCUCCAUUCACACACCUACUUUGUCCUGCUCUUUCUCUGGCGCGACCUCUUUGUCACUCUCUCUCUCUCUCUCUCUCUCUCGCACACACACAACACAUAGCGCUCCAGCCGUUGCACGCAUUGCAAUAUUGCAGAAAAACUGCAUUGACUAGAUUGCAAUUUAGAAUCGACUCGUUGCAAGUUCGUGACUUGUGUUCGUGACAAACACCAACCAGCACAUACUCGCCUAGAUACCCCUGACGAGUAAACUGCAAUCAUCAAAAUCGGUAGUGUGAAUAGGUCGUAGAGCAGAGUUAACGAAAUAGAAAAGCAAAAGUAAAAACAACAACGACAGCUUUAACGACUGCUGUACUAAUCGUAUUAAUCAUCACUACGACAACAACGUCCACAAAACCAGCAAGAUUAAUUGCUGAUGCGACGCUCGACGCCGGAAAGCAGUGUUUAGUACCAACCAACAUUCGCAUGAUCGGCUAACGAACGGCACUGCAAUAUAAAUUGCAUCGUCGUCGUUGCAUUCGAUUGCAUAUUUUUUGUGUUCGUAUUGAGCGCACGCUCUCAACUAGAUUUGCAUUCUAUCUACGUUUCACAACGGAAACCGGUCCCACAACAAAUAAGCCGGCAACCACCAUCACCAUCAUCAUCACAACCAUAACCACAACCACAACCACAACCACAACCACAACGACAUAUUCGAGUUUGAUCACUGCAUUGUGAAUCAAUUGCAUACAUACUGGGCGCGCGCACUUAGCCGCUCUGAGAAGAAGCCGCUCGCUCGGUUGCAUUACAUUGCACGAUCGAUUGUAAGACGAAAAAGUGCAUCCGAUUCAACGGUUUUUUGCGGAUUUGAAUUGGACGUCGAUGGUGUUGGCCCAACAACGAAUCAUUCUGUCAGUCAGUUUGCAAAUAAGCAGCGGGAGCAAAGAGCGCUAACGACGGCAGGCGCGCACGAGAAUCAAAAUUAACAAAAAAAACCUAAAACCUAAAAAGAAAUUGGCAGUUACAUUAUCAACAAAAAAAAGGAGAAGGUGAAAAUCGAAACAACAGAGCUUUGGAAAGUCAAAAACUGGAAAACUAAGAAGGAAAACUAAAUUUAUACGCAACAGCCAAGUGCAACGACGUCCACACUUAUUGCAGGCAACGAGCUUCAGCAGCAGUACAGCCGCAGUAACUAGUAGCAGCCCGAAGAGCAGCAACAGCAGCAGCAAUAGCACCAGCAGAGUCAUCCCAAUGCAUUUGCUUUAACUUGACGAUCCGUGACGUGUUCCCUCCUUGCACAAGUAGUAGCCAUCAUUGUUCCAGAUUCGCGUUUCGUUUCGUGUGAUCGCCGCGUGGCAACGUGCAGUUCGCAAACUGAAAAAUCAGACAAAAAACGUGUUCAAAGUGCUUAGAAGUAGUAGUGUGUGUUGAACUUUUAAGGAUUGAGUACGACCAACAAAAAGAAAAAAAAGAAACACAAAUUAAUUAACAAAAAACUCGAAAAAAACUAGAGAAAUUCAAACAAUUUUGUGGUUUUGAAAAUUAGACGUGUCAAAGCAACAAAAGCCACCACAAAAAAAAAAAAAACAAAGAGAAAAAACCAUCAACGUGUUCUUUUAGUGAAAUUUUAUACAUUUGUUUGAAUAUUUCUGUGUGAAUUACUCGUUUUUGUUUUUGUUUUAGUUUUAUACUAUUUGUUACAUACUACUACACACAUCACAUAAAUAUAAACACACACACACACACACACAUAAUAAAAAAAAUCCAAAAACCAAGCAAAACUUUUUUGGUGGUGUUUCUUCGUGCCUACACAUUAUUAGCUCACUAGGAUCAGCAGUAUAUAAGGAUUACAACGACAACAACAAAAACGACCGCAAGUCUAUCUACAUUUUCGUACGUGCAUUAAGGAUAUUUCAACACUAAAAUUUAAAAUGGCGGAAGGCAAUGGCGAACUGGUGGAGGACAUCAAUCAAAAAUCAGAAGAUCGCGGGGAUGGUGAAAGAACGGAAGAUUACCCAAAACUCUUGGAAUAUGGCUUAGAUAAAAAAGUUGCCGGCAAACUCGAUGAUAUUUACAAAACAGGUAAAUUAGCGCAUGUAGAAUUAGAUGAGCGCGCACUCGAUGCGCUCAAAGAGUUUCCGGUUGAUGGUGCCUUGAAUGUAUUGAGUCAGUUCCUCGAAUCAAAUCUGGAGCAUGUAUCGAAUAAGUCUGCGUAUUUAUGUGGUGUUAUGAAAACCUACAGACAAAAAAGCCGCGCCAGCCAACAGGGAGUGCCAGCGCCAGCGGCCACAGUUCCAGUUAAGGGACCGGAUGAGGAGAAAAUCAAAAAAAUUCUCGAAAGAACUGGCUACUCCUUAGAUGUGACCACUGGUCAGCGCAAAUAUGGUGGACCGCCACCCAAUUGGGAUGGUCCAACACCCGGCAAUGGCUGCGAAGUUUUCUGUGGGAAAAUUCCAAAAGAUAUGUUUGAGGAUGAAAUUAUACCGUUAUUCGAGGAAUGCGGUACAAUAUGGGACCUCAGACUAAUGAUGGAUCCGAUGACGGGUACAAAUCGUGGAUAUGCAUUUGUUACCUUCACGACGCGUGAAGCAGCCUCAAAUGCCGUACGACAGCUCGAUAAUCACGAAAUAAAACCUGGCAAGUGUCUAAAAAUUAACAUUAGCGUACCGAACCUGCGCCUAUUUGUAGGCAACAUACCCAAGUCGAAAGGCAAAGAGGAGAUAUUAGACGAAUUUGGUAAAUUAACAGCUGGCCUUAUUGAAGUGAUUAUCUACAGUUCACCAGAUGACAAGAAGAAAAAUCGUGGAUUCUGCUUUCUCGAAUACGAGUCACACAAAGCUGCAUCGCUGGCAAAACGAAGACUUGGUACUGGUAGAAUUAAGGUUUGGGGAUGUGAUAUCAUUGUCGACUGGGCCGAUCCGCAAGAGGAACCAGACGAGCAAACAAUGUCAAAGGUUAAAGUCUUGUACGUGAGAAAUUUGACACAGGAUGUUAGUGAGGAGAAAUUAAAGGAGCAAUUCGAGCAAUUUGGCAAAGUUGAACGCGUCAAGAAAAUCAAAGACUAUGCCUUCGUACAUUUCGAGGAUCGUGAUAGCGCCGUGAUUGCAAUGCGCGGUCUCAAUGGCAAAGAGAUCGGUGCUUCCAAUAUUGAGAAUGCUUCGCGUUUGCAGGUGUCGCUUGCCAAGCCACCAUCGGAUAAGAAGAAGAAGGAGGAAAUCCUACGCGCUCGCGAACGUCGCAUGAUGCAAAUGAUGCAAGGACGUCCCGGUCUGGUCGGCUAUGAACAAUUAUCUCCAUACAGAAACUUGUCGCCUACACACCCCAACAUGAUGUCCUUAGCUACGCCAAUGCGCCUGCCAGGUGGUCCACGAAUACCGCUGCGCGCACCAAUUCCGCGCGAUUACGAUUAUGAUUACGACCUUUAUGGUUAUUCGGAUUAUCGUGGCGGCUACAAUGAAUCCUAUUACGACGAUUUUUAUCGCACCUAUGAUGGAGAGUACUUCUUUGAUUAUCCACCGAGCGGUGUAGCACCAUUUCCAACUGGUGGACCCGCUGGUGGACUGCAGAGAACGGCCAGAAACAAUGUGGGGGUUGGUCGUGGACGUGGAAUCACGGCCACGCGUGGCCGAGCCGUUGGGCUCCGUGGCAACAUCAGCCGUCAGGGGGCCCCUCAAGCGGCGGCGGCGGCGGCGGCGGUGGCGGCGGCGGCGGCGGUGGCAGUUCAGCGGGGGGCCACCGCUCAGGGGGCUCAGGCAGCAACCGGGGGGGUCCGUGGGGUGGGACAAGUGCGUCCCAGCGCUCGUGGCACCCAGCACGCCAAGCCGCUACAAAAUUUACCAGUAGUCGGUAAACGUAAAUUUGAUGGUGGUCACCAAAAUCCUGCAGAUAUUAAGCGACGUUACCCAAGCGGUUUAAUCGGCAAUGGCAGUUGGGGCAGUAUACCGUUACCACAACAACCACUUGGCACUAAUGGCGAGCAAUGGUACACAGAUACUUUUCCAGCAUGGAGUUAAACAACAACAGCAGCAACAAAAACAAAAAAAAAACAAUAAAGCAACAACAACAACAACAAUAAACAACAACCAUAAAAAACAGCAAAAAUACUUGUAAAAAAACUGCAUACCUAUGACAACAAUAUUACAACUGCAUAUUACUUACCCCGGCGCAAUAACAACAAUAGCAGCAAUUUGAACAGCGUUUAUAUAGGAGUAUAUGCAUAGAUAUAGCGCACGUUUAAUAAUAUACAGAAGUAUGUAUUUCAAAAUUUUAAUUUUAUGGGAAAACGCAAUCAAAGUUUGAUCAGUUCAUACAAAAGACAGAUGGAAAGACACAUAUCUUCGCCAUUUUUGGGAAGUUUAGUCAUCUUUUAGGCAGAGCAUAUUCUCCCCAAGAAGCUUAUUAAUUGUGUGUUGAAAUCUCCAAAAACAUAAAUUUUGAAUUACAUCUCUAUAUUAUCAAAAGUGCGAUAUAUGUAGCCGCAACAAAAACAACCGCAGUAACAAAAUUCAAAGAAAAAAAAAUGCACUUUCUUGCAAAAUAUGUAUACAUACAUAUAUACAUAUAUAUGUGAAAUGCAAGGAGAGCGCGAGGCCAAUAGCCAAAAUAUGUAGUCAUGAAGCAGCAACAACAACAAUAAUAAUUACAACUAAAAUACAUACAUUAUUUACUCGUUAAGCAUAAAAAGCAGUGAAAUGAAAAAUGCAAAUACAACAACACCAAAUCAAUUAGAGAGGAAAGAAAAAAGAAAAAAAGGGUCAAAUAUUGACAAAAUGUAAUAACAUAAAUGAAGGAUGAACGUUCAUAGAGCAAAAAAGUACAUAGAAAAAAAUAUAAGGAUAAAUAAAAACCAUUAAAAAUUAGUUCAGGAAUUUACCGUUGGGAGAAAUUUUCUUUUUGAAGCCCUAACAAUGCAAUUUCAACAUCAUCCGCGGG